GAAAUGCAAGGAGAUACUCUACAUCGGAUCGUCACAGUAUGGACAUAACCACGCGCUCAGCGUCCCAGACAAGACCUCAUGAUGAAAACCCCUCACCCUUGGACGAUGCCGAAAAGGGAAGCGACACCGCGCAGGUGAACCACGUUGUUGAAGACGAGAAGAUCCUACCCCCGCUUAGAGGUCUCUCUUUCCUGGAUCGAUUUCUCGUCAUAUGGAUCAUCCUUGCCAUGGCCAUCGGCAUCGUGCUAGGAAAUACGGUUGACUCAGUCGGCCCGGCGCUGCAGAAGGGCGAAUUUGUGGGCGUCAGCAUUCCCAUAGCAAUUGGCCUGCUGGUUAUGAUGUACCCCAUACUAUGCAAGGUCAGGUUUGAGUCGCUGCAUUUGCUGCUCAACUCGCGUGCACUGUGGAUACAAAUUGGUAUAAGCUUCGUCUUGAACUGGAUCGUUGCGCCGCUCUUUAUGGUGGGCCUGGCAUGGGCCUUCCUUCCAGACCGCCAGGAUCUCCGCGAAGGUCUGAUCUUCGUGGGGAUAGCACGCUGCAUUGCAAUGGUGCUCAUCUGGACAGAUCUUGCCAAGGGUGACGGUGACUACUGCGCUGUACUAGUGGCGUUCAAUUCGAUACUGCAGAUUGUGCUUUUUGCGCCUUUUGCCGUAUUUUACGUACAAGUCGUCAGUCACGGUCAAAAGACGGACGUCUCAUAUGAGAAGGUUGCUCAGAGCGUGGGAGUCUUCCUCGGGAUCCCGCUAGGCGCAGCGGUGCUAACGCGCCUCCUGCUCAGGGGACUUAUCGGAGAAGACAGAUACCAGAGAAGAUUCAUCAGGUAUAUUGCGCCUUUCUCGUUGAUUGGGCUGCUAUACACCAUCAUUGUCUUGUUCGCGAGCCAGGGGGCUCAUGUGGUCAGGCAGAUCACUGAUGUUCUGCGCGUAUGCGCUCCGUUGCUGGUAUAUUUCCUGGUCAUAUUCUCCAGCACGGUCUGGUUUUGCUGGAAGAUGGGCUUCGGGUACAAAAUUAGCUGUACGCAAAGUUUCACCGCUGCGAGCAACAACUUCGAGUUGGCCAUAGCUGUCGUGGUCGCAGUGUACGGUGCUGGAAGUGGACAAGCUCUUGCAAGCACAGUAGGACCCCUGAUCGAAGUGCCAGUCCUAGUAGCUCUAGUCUAUGUGCUGAAGUGGCUGAGGGCCAGAUGGCAGUGGGUAUAGGAGGUUGUUCUCGAAGUCAUGUCUAAAAUCAAUAGAGGGUACACCAAGU